CUCCUCCUCCUCCCCCUCCUCUCACCCUCACCCUCCUACCCUGACCCCCUCCCCGGCCCCCCUCACCCCGACCCUCUCCCCGGCCCCCGCCUCCCCUCCCCCGCCUCGCCCCACCGGCUUCCCACCACGGCCUCUCUCGGCGAGGAAACUCUGGCCUCCGCUUCCUCCUCCUCCGACUCGGACACCGGCGGAGCCUCCCCGCCCCCGCGGAAGAAACCCCGAGCCUCGGCGGCGGAGGGAGCAGGAGAGCCCGGGGCUUCGGCAGGCAGAGCAGGCCUCUCCCCUCCGUCCUCGUCGUCCUCUUCCUCCUCCUCCUCCUCCUCCUCCUCCGUGGUGGUAGUGGUGGGACUCCCCCCGGCUGCUGCCCCUCCCGCCGCCGCUGCUGUCCCCCACCGAAGUAGCGGCCACAGCCUGGUCAGCGGCAACAUCAUGCAGGCCAACGGGGCAGGAGGAGGAGGAGGAGGUGGCGGCGGCGGCGGUGGAGGAGGAGGGGGCGGCGGGGGCCAGGGACAGACCCCGGAACUCGCCUGCUUGUCGGCCCAGAACGGGGAGUCGUCCCCUUCGUCGUCGUCGUCCGCGGGGGACCUGGCCCACGCCAAUGGGCUCCUGCCUUCCGCCCCCUCCGCCGCCAGCAACAAUAGCAACAGCCUGAAUGUCAAUAACGGGGUUCCCGGCGGGGCGGCCGCCGCAUCCUCAGCCACCGUCGCAGCUGCCUCCGCCACCACCGCCGCCGCCUCUUCCUUGGCCACCCCAGAACUGGGCAGCAGCCUCAAGAAGAAGAAGCGGCUCUCCCAGUCAGAUGAGGAUGUCAUUAGGCUAAUAGGACAGCACUUGAAUGGCUUAGGGCUCAACCAGACUGUUGAUCUCCUCAUGCAAGAGUCAGGAUGUCGUUUAGAACAUCCUUCUGCUACCAAAUUCCGAAAUCAUGUCAUGGAAGGAGACUGGGAUAAGGCAGAAAAUGACCUGAAUGAACUAAAGCCUUUAGUGCAUUCUCCUCAUGCUAUUGUGGUAAGAGGCGCACUUGAAAUCUCUCAAACGUUGUUGGGAAUAAUUGUGAGGAUGAAGUUUUUGCUGCUGCAGCAGAAGUACCUAGAAUACCUGGAGGAUGGCAAGGUCCUGGAGGCACUUCAAGUUCUACGCUGUGAAUUGACGCCGCUGAAAUACAAUACAGAGCGCAUUCAUGUUCUUAGUGGGUAUCUGAUGUGUAGCCAUGCGGAAGACCUACGUGCAAAAGCAGAAUGGGAAGGCAAAGGGACAGCUUCCCGAUCUAAACUAUUGGACAAACUUCAGACCUAUUUACCACCAUCAGUGAUGCUUCCCCCACGGCGUUUACAGACUCUCCUGCGGCAGGCGGUGGAACUACAAAGGGAUCGGUGCCUAUAUCACAAUACCAAACUUGAUAAUAAUCUAGAUUCUGUGUCUCUGCUUAUAGACCAUGUUUGUAGUAGGAGGCAGUUCCCAUGUUAUACGCAGCAGAUACUUACGGAGCAUUGUAAUGAAGUGUGGUUCUGUAAAUUUUCUAAUGAUGGCACUAAACUAGCAACAGGAUCAAAAGAUACAACAGUUAUCAUAUGGCAAGUUGAUCCGGAUACACACCUGCUAAAACUGCUUAAAACAUUAGAAGGACAUGCUUAUGGUGUUUCUUAUAUUGCAUGGAGUCCAGAUGACAACUAUCUUGUUGCUUGUGGCCCAGAUGACUGCUCUGAGCUUUGGCUUUGGAAUGUACAAACAGGAGAACUAAGGACAAAAAUGAGCCAGUCUCAUGAAGACAGUUUGACAAGUGUGGCUUGGAAUCCAGAUGGGAAGCGCUUUGUGACUGGAGGUCAGCGUGGUCAGUUCUAUCAGUGUGACUUAGAUGGUAAUCUCCUUGACUCCUGGGAAGGGGUAAGAGUGCAAUGCCUUUGGUGCUUGAGUGACGGGAAGACUGUUCUGGCAUCAGAUACACACCAGCGAAUUCGGGGCUAUAACUUCGAGGACCUUACAGAUAGAAACAUAGUACAAGAAGAUCAUCCUAUUAUGUCUUUUACUAUUUCAAAAAAUGGCCGACUAGCUUUGUUAAAUGUAGCAACUCAGGGAGUUCAUUUAUGGGACUUGCAAGACAGAGUUUUAGUAAGAAAGUAUCAAGGUGUUACACAAGGGUUUUAUACAAUUCAUUCAUGUUUUGGAGGCCAUAAUGAAGACUUCAUCGCUAGUGGCAGUGAAGAUCACAAGGUUUACAUCUGGCACAAACGUAGUGAACUGCCAAUUGCGGAGCUGACAGGGCACACACGUACAGUAAACUGUGUGAGCUGGAACCCACAGAUUCCAUCCAUGAUGGCCAGCGCCUCAGAUGAUGGCACUGUUAGAAUAUGGGGACCAGCACCUUUUAUAGACCACCAGAAUAUUGAAGGGAAAGAGAAGAGAGAACUAAAAUUCAUCAUGUACCUGUGUGCCAAGCAGCAUGCUAAUCCCUUUACAUAUACUGUCUUGCAUAAAGUCUUCAUAGUCGUAUAAGGGAAGUAUUUUUAUCAUUAUUUUUAGAGAGGAAUGCAGUAGCAUGGAUAGUUGAUGGUGAAUUUGGAGCAGACGACUUCUGUUUAACUUAAAAUUAGUCGUAUUUUAAUGGCUUGGGAUUUGGUGCAAACAAACAUGAUUGAUAGCUGGACAGACAUGCUCGUCAUGAAAAAAGAACCAUUUCUGAAGCCCGAUUGGGGCCAAACAUUUACACCUUGCUUCAUAGUAACCAGUUGAGAUGAAGCACGUCGUUAGAACGUUGUUGGACACCAUGUUGAAUUAUCCCCCCAUCGGUUGUGAAGAACUGUGCUACAUUCAGGCUUACCCAUUGAACUCAGUAUAUAUAUUUUUUUCCUUCCUGUCUUUUGUCUGGCAGGAUACCAUUCUUGUUGCUCUUCUGUGUAAUGAAGUUUAAAUGCUUGUUUGGAAAACUUUAUUUAACAGUUUAGAAGGCUUGAUAGAAAGAGUGCAUUAGUCUGAAGAGUAUACAUUGGAUAGGAAAGAAUUUCCUUCUUUUGUUUCUCCAAAUCUUUCCGCCUUAUUUAGCUUGAGAUCUUUGCAGCUUGGUUCAUGGAUUCUAGCCUUGCCCGUUGCGCAGUAUAUACUGAUCCAGAUGAUAAACCAGUGAACUAUGUCAAAAGCACUCUCAAUAUUACAUUUGACAAAAAGUUUUGUACUUUUCACAUAGCUUGUUGCCCCGUAAAAGGGUUAACAGCACAAUUUUUUAAAAAUAAAUUAAGAAGUAUUUAUAGGAUUAAAGUGACUUCAUUUGUAUACAUUUGGAAUCUAAACCAGCUUAAAAACAGUUUCCUCAGUGACUUAGAUACACAGUAUAACUGAUGCUCUUCUGGAAUACCACAUGAGACAUGGUCAGAAACAGUGCUUGGAAGGACAUUACACAGGAAAUUCAGAGUAAUGCUUUGAAGAUUUCCCCCCUUUUGUUUUAUUCCUGAAGGAACAUCAGUACCCGAUCUUGAAGAAAUUCAAGAUUCAAAAAGAAUUUUAAAUACACCAACAUGAGAGAUCGGUAGUCAGUUGGUUUUCAGUAAAGCUUGUUCCAAGUUGUUCUCAACUUAGGAAGUAAUUUUGGUGUGAUCUAGCAAAAGAGUAGAAAUCAGCAGAUACAACCACUUUGGAAGUUUAUAGUAUAAUUGAAAUUAUUAGAAGAAUUCAGCAGGUUACAGACAUACUUAAACUGGGAUUAAAACCUCAUAGUCAUUUCUCUUAAUUGCCCUUAAUAUUUUGACAUAUAGGGAUACAUAAAUUUAAGGAAUAUUUCUUCUCAGUUUUUUCAGAUAUUGCCAUACUGAACCUCAUUCUAAACUGGUGCUGUGGAUAGUCUUUCCCUCUCCCCUCCUGUUUUAGUUUAAGGAAAGGUUUCCUUCACGGAAAAGCACUUUUAAUUUUGAGAAUUUCACAUUUAAAAUAAGCCAAAAGCCUGAUGUUCACAUUGUGCUUUUAAACUCCAUAACAGCUGAAUACAACAUAACAUAGUCUCCCUUGAAAUUCCCUCCCUUCUUCAGUAGAGGAUAAAUAGGGUGACUCCAGCUGUUGGAAUGAGAAUGGGGAUACCCCCAAAAUAAGAUUCUGGUGAAGAAAAAGUCUUAGUACUAAGUUCCCCUUUAGGCGUAGCCAAGUCUAUAAUAUAAUUAUGAUCAUGAAUAGACUCCUGCAGAAUCCACAAAGAGAAGAGGGCUUGGAUGUCAGAAAUUCUUCCAUUGUGGGGUAGGUGGUUGGGGAUGGGAGAAAGGGAAAAGUCAAGGAAGGGGAGAAGAAAGAAAAACACAUUUGGCCUUAAAAUAGCAUGCAUUCUCCCAGAAGCCCAUAGUAAAGAAAAUGACAGAUCGUGGUCAGCAUACUCUUACAAAUUGGUAUGUAAAAGAUUUCUUCAAGCUCCAUUUUGCAGACCACCACUUAGAGAAUCAAAAAAUUCCUGUUUUGAUACUUCUAAGUUAAAAUAUUUGUUACAGUUUAUCUGGUACUUCAUUUUUCUUAACUAAAAUUACUUUUUACUUUAAGCUUGAAUAAAAAUCUUCAUUGUAACUAUGUAAUUAAGUGGCAACUUCUCUUUACCUCAGUAUAGUUAAAAACCAUUCAUAUUUUAAGUGAUUCAUGUAUACCCUGAAGCCGUUAAUACACCCCAGUCUCUACAGUAACAUCACUAAAUGUGGGCAUAGAAACUCCACAGCUGUUUACAAAUUUGGUUACAGUGUGCUAUGGUGCAUUUGUAACACUCACUGAGAUUUGUGCCCAUUCAGGGGCAAUUUGGCACUCAGAUUCUACUCUACUUCACCUAACCACCCCUAGAUCUGAGUUUUCAGAGUGCUUCUGAAGUACAGUUAAAAAACACUUUAAAAAGUGGAGUAAAAGUGAGGCACAUUUUACAAGAACAUAACUCCUAUUAAAACGGAGUAACAACUAUGCAAAGGUUUCUAUAGCAGCUAGGUGAGUUUGUUUUCCGGGUCUGUCCUAACUGGCAGCUUCCUGUAUAUACUGGUACUUUGCUGUGCCAAUUUGCUGUAAACGUCUGUUUCAUACAUUUGCCAUGCAGUGACUGUGCUAGAAAGGUGAAAUAAAUGGUAAAGAAGCCUAGGAUUUUAUGGUGUAAGAAACUGAUCGCAGGAUUUUUUGAUCCAUAGCUAUUAAUCGAAAACUUCUGAUAGUGCUAUAGGCUCUAUAGUAGGCUUAAGAGUGAGUCUCAUACUAUGAAGCCAGCCACAAGAUACUAACAAAUGUAUAAAUUGAAAAGUACCAAUACUUUUUGCACAUAGAUCAAAAUAGAGUGGAGAAUUUGGGCUCCAAAAAUCAGGUUAGUAGGCUCAUUUCCAUGUGCUUAAAAAUGUUUUUGUUGUUAUGCAUUAAGGGCUAGAGCAAAUAUAAAAUUAAAUGUCUUUUUCCUCCAAAUAAUUGGUUAUUAAUGGUAAAAUGUUGGACUUGGGGAUUACUGAGAUUAGUAUGUGGGUAGUAAAGAAUUGGAGUGGGAGUUAGUGGGGAGGGAUGACAAAGCUUCAGCUUUGGUUUUUGUAUUUUAUUAGUCUCCAUAACAGCUACAUUUCUGUUGCUCUUAUUGGCCAGAUAAAUGUGUUAUAUUAAACCAGGUAAGUAUUUUAAACAGAGAACAUUUUAUUUGCAUAUAUCCCUACAAAUUGGCCCAUUUUAUUGGGUGGGGGGAUAAAAAAGGGAUUCCCUAACUUUAAAUAAUUAGAAUAUCCUGCAAUUGAAAGGAGAAAAAAAAAUCCAAUUUUGUUAGUAUUUUCUUAGUCUGAAAAAAACUGAAGUAGUAAUAUGGUGAAUUUUAUUAUUAGGAGUGUUCUGCCUCUAGAGUGGCAUUCCAUGACAUUAAUAGAAAAUCCUUCUUUCCCACCCCUCCCCAUCUUGAAAUUUUCUUUUUUAGGAUGUUGGUUCCUGCAAACAAGAACUGACCCUAUCACCUCUGCCUCACAGUGGGUAAAUAUAUCGUACAUCUCUUGAAAGGGAAAAUAUCCAUGUCAGUUUCUUUCACAGUAGAAGAAUGGCUGCUUUUGAAUGGGGAGGAAAGAAGACAUUUUUCUUAAUAUCCUUUUUGUCCCAUCUCUAAAAUGUAUAAAUAUUUUGAUUUGGUUUUACUUUAAUUUCUCAUUCAUAAUUUAGCAACUCUCCUUUUGGGUUGCCCUCCAACACAUUACUUCCAUUUCAGAAACCAUAUCUGAUUUAAUAUAAACUGCUAACUUAAGAAGAGGUGAAUUUGCAUUUACACUUAGACACUUUCUAAAAACAGGGUGAACUUAAUUGAAAUUUUUCAGUGUUGUUAAGCUAUUGUUAUAGUAGCUGCCCUAUAGUUACAAAAAUAAAAACUAUAAAAACCCAUCCCCUAUCUACUUAAUCCAGAUAGCCUGGAUUUAACAAAACUAAUAGUAUAAAAUGUGUGUGUGUGUUCUGUGUGUGUGUGUGAGAGAGAGAGUACUUGAUUCAUUAAAAAGUCCUGGAAACAGCUGUUCUAGGAUCUUGUCAUUUUUACUAAAAGUCUUGUGCACAUGUGAAGUGCCCUCUGAGUUUAAGGUUUGGUUAAUACUGGUAUAUUUUUAUAAGAUUGAAAUUGUGUCCCCAUCUUUAACUUAAACACUUUCAUUAUCAGGGUCAAUGUGCUAGAACUGAACUGUAACAUUUUUAGGCACAGAUGGAAAAAAAUGUUAUUGGCUCCUUGAAAAUGUGUGUGUGUGGCGAGGGGAAUAGAUCCACAAAAGCAUGUAUGUACUUACAAACCAAGCUGUAGAGAUCAAGAAAAGAACUUAAGUGUUGAUCUCAAGAUUUCUAAAUUGUCAAGAUUUACAUGGCAUUGUGGUGGAACUAGUUAACACUUAGAGCUUUUGGUAUGUAAUAACUAUUUGCUAUGGACUGAUUAAAUGUUUCAAAAGAUUGUGUUCUUCAAUUUUGGUGGGUUUUGAUUUUUGUUUUUUUAACUGCCUCUCAGAUUAUAUUUACUUAGUUUAAAUUUCUUUGCUUUAUUCAUUAAAGUAUAAAAACUUCAGGUCUCUGAUAUUUAUUUUCACUUGUUUACUAAUUAUUUACAAAACACCCUUUGUUGACUUUUAUUUUAUAAAUGUGUAAUGUAUUAAACGUCUUUAAAUUUUUGUUCAACUGAAACUACAUUAACUUUGAUUUGCUUUACUGGGAUUUUUUUUUAAAGACACCUUUUCCAUGUCAGUGCGCAGCACUUAACCAGUCGUUUGUAUUCCCUUUCUUUCAAUCCAAUAAACAGAAUGAAUACCUAAAUAA